GCUGCUGACAAGUUAUUUCACUGAGAAAGGAAGGGAAAGGAAAGAAGUCACAGUGAAAUAAAGAGUUUUGCCUUGAAUCUUACAGUGACAUUUUCAGGAGGCCUGAAGUCCGAAUUGCUGGUUGCAGCUUCCUUUACAUCUCCUACCGAAGAUCACCCAUUACUGGAGACGCUGGGAGGACUGUAAGUGGAGAAACACACUGUUGUCUGCUCAGUAUAUAGAUUCCCACAAUGCAAAGUAAUUCGGGAUAGUUCUAGCAUAUUCCAGUGGUGAGCCAUGAGAAAAGCUAAAGCUUUCCUUAAGCUCUUCUUUGGAAACUCUCCUGUUAGGAGAAAAUCUUUUCCAAGAACCACACUGUGACCCAAGACAAACAGUUCCUUGCCGCAGAAGUGAGUGCUUAUGAUCAUUGUUCUGCAACAGGAGGCAUAAAGCAAACCAGCUGAUAUCUUUGAAGAUUCCUUGCCAGCUAGUGGAGUAUGUGUAGGAACCAGGGAAGUGCAGUAGUCUCUCUAGAAUGCUAAAGAGGCAAAAGCCAUCAACAUGCAGCAGUGCUCCAGCGCGGUGGAUGCUGAAGAGAAGGACCAGGGCAAAUGGACGCUGCUCCGGAAUGUCAGCCAAGCCUUGAAACCCCGGACUCUUUUAUCGGGGGAUUAUGUAUGGAUGGACCUCAAAACCGGUCGGGAAUUCGACGUUCCCAUCGGAGCUGUGGUCAAACUUUGUGACUCUGGGCAGAUCCAGGUGGUGGACGAUGAAGGCAACGAGCACUGGAUUUUCCCUCACAAUGCCAGCCACAUCAAACCCAUGCACCCGACCUCUAUCCAUGGGGUGGAGGACAUGAUCCGCCUGGGGGACCUGAAUGAAGCUGGGAUUCUGAGGAACCUGCUCAUCCGUUACCGAGAGCACCUUAUCUAUACGUAUACAGGCUCGAUACUGGUGGCAGUGAACCCCUACCAGCUGUUACCUAUCUACUCCCCAGAGCAGAUCCGGCUGUACACCAACAAAAAGAUUGGGGAGAUGCCUCCCCACAUCUUCGCAAUAGCUGACAACUGCUACUACAACAUGCAACGCAACAACAGGGACCAGUGUUGCAUCAUAAGUGGCGAGUCUGGUGCAGGGAAGACGGAGAGCACUAAACUGAUCCUGCAGUUCCUGGCUGCUAUCAGCGGGCAGCAUUCUUGGAUUGAGCAGCAGGUGCUGGAGGCAAACCCCAUUUUAGAAGCUUUUGGAAAUGCGAAGACGAUUCGUAAUGACAACUCCAGUCGAUUUGGUAAAUACAUCGACAUCCAUUUCAACAAGCGGGGAGCCAUCGAAGGGGCAAAGAUUGAGCAGUACCUGCUGGAGAAAUCUCGAGUCUGCAGACAGGCCCAGGAUGAGCGGAAUUACCAUGUAUUUUACUGUAUGCUGAAAGGAAUGACACCAGAACAGAAAAAGAAGCUGGGCCUUGGGAAAGCCACUGAUUAUAACUACCUCGCUAUGGGUAACUGCACUACCUGUGAUGGCAGAGACGAUAGUAAGGAGUAUGCAAACAUUCGCUCUGCAAUGAAAGUCCUGAUGUUCACUGACACGGAGAACUGGGAGAUCUCAAAGCUUCUGGCAGCCAUAUUGCAUAUGGGGAAUUUGCGGUAUGAAGCACGGAUGUACGAUAACCUGGAUGCUUGCGAGGUUGUUCGCUCUGCGUCGUUAAUCACUGCAGCUUCGUUACUGGAGGUGGACCCUCAGGAUGUGAUGAACUGCCUUACUAGCCGCACAAUAAUCACGAGAGGAGAGACCGUCUCCACCCCGCUCAGCAUGGAGCAGGCGCUGGAUGUGAGGGACGCUUUUGUCAAGGGAAUCUACGGGCGGCUUUUCGUGUGGAUUGUGGAGAAGAUCAAUGCUGCCAUUUACAGGCCUCCCUCCCACGAACUACAGAGUGUCAGGAGGUCCAUUGGUCUUCUCGAUAUCUUCGGCUUUGAGAACUUCACUGUGAACAGUUUCGAGCAGCUCUGCAUCAACUUUGCAAAUGAGAACCUCCAGCAGUUCUUCGUGCGCCAUGUCUUCAAGCUGGAGCAGGAGGAGUACAACCUGGAGAACAUUAACUGGCAGCACAUAGAGUUCACCGACAACCAGGAUGCCUUGGACAUGAUCGCCAUCAAACCCAUGAAUAUCAUAUCACUCAUUGACGAGGAGAGUAAGUUCCCCAAGGGUACAGAUGCCACAAUGCUGCACAAGCUGAAUUCCCAGCACAAGCUAAACACCAACUACAUCCCGCCGAAGAAUAACCAUGAAACCCAGUUUGGCAUUAACCACUUUGCUGGUGUUGUCUACUAUGAAACCAAAGGGUUUUUGGAGAAAAACAGGGACACGCUUCAUGGAGACAUCAUUCAGCUGGUCCAUUCCUCGAAAAACAAAUUUAUCAAGCAAAUCUUCCAAGCAGACGUGGCUAUGUUUCUCUGUGGCUAUGCAUCCAGUACUUUUGGCCAGUCACCAGCACCCACUCCAAAGGGAGCAGAGACAAGGAAGCGCUCGCCGACACUCAGCAGCCAAUUCAAGCGAUCUCUCGAGCUGUUGAUGAGAACCCUCAGCGGGUGCCAGCCCUUCUUCGUCCGCUGCAUCAAACCUAAUGAAUAUAAGAAGCCCAUGUUGUUUGAUCGGGAGCUGUGUGUUCGCCAGCUGAGGUACUCAGGGAUGAUGGAGACCAUCCGGAUCCGCAGGGCUGGCUAUCCCAUCCGCUACAGCUUCGUGGAGUUUGUGGAGAGGUAUCGUGUCCUCAUGCCUGGGGUGAAGCCGGCGUACAAGCAGGGCGACCUGCGUGGAACGUGCCAGCGAAUUGCUGAAGUGGUGCUUGGGAAAGAUGAUGAUUGGCAGAUUGGCAAGACGAAGAUUUUCCUGAAGGAUCACCAUGACAUGCUGCUGGAGAUUGAGAGGGACAAGGCCAUCACUGACAAGGUCAUCCUCAUACAGAAGGUGGUUCGUGGGUUUAAAGACAGGUCCAAUUUCCUGAAAGUGCGACGUUCGGCCCUGAUGAUUCAGAGAUACUGGCGGGGACAUAACUGCAGAAAGAACUACGGUGCUAUGAGGAUUGGGUUCCUGAGGCUCCAGGCCCUCUACCGUUCCCGCAAACUCCACACGCAGUACCACAUGGCUCGCAGACGCAUCAUCGAGUUCCAGGCAAGGUGCCGAGGCUGCCUGGUGCGCAGGGCCUUCCGCCAUCGCCUAUGGGCUGUCUUCACGGUCCAGGCUUAUGUCAGGGGCAUGAUUGCACGGAGGCUGUAUAAGCGCCUUAAGGGAGAAUAUCACCGUCGUCUGGAAGCAGAGAAGCUUCGUCUGGCAGAAGAGGAACGGCUCAGGAAGGAGAUGAGUGCCAAGAAAGCCAAAGAGGAAGCAGAAAAGAAGCACCAAGUACGCCUUGCCCAGCUGGCCCGGGAAGAUGCUGAGAGAGAGGUGAAGGAGAAGGAGGAAGCCCGUCGAAAGAAGGAACUCUUAAGCAAAAUGGAGAAGGCCCGAAACGAGCCAGUGAACGACUCAGAUAUGGUGGACAAAAUGUUUGGAUUCCUAGGGACCACUUCGUCUCUGCCAGGCCAGGAAGGACAGGCACCCAAUGGCUUUGAGGACCUUGAGCGAACCCAAAAGGAGCUAGAGGAAGAGGAUUUAGAUGCAGCUUUGCCCCUCCCCGAGGAAGAGGAGGAAGACCUCUCAGAGUACAAAUUUGCAAAGUUUGCAGCCACCUACUUCCAGGGCACGACGACGCACACAUACAUCCGCCGGCCACUUAAGCAGCCCCUUCUGUACCACGAGGACGAAGGAGACCAGUUGGCAGCACUGGCAGUGUGGAUCACUAUUCUUCGUUUCAUGGGAGACCUUCCUGAGCCUAAAUACCAUACGGCUAUGAGCGACGGCAGUGAGAAGAUUCCAGUGAUGACCAAAAUCUAUGAGACUCUAGGGAAAAAGACCUACAAGAAAGAGCUGCAGGCUCUGCAGGGGGAAGGAGAGAGCGCUCACAUAGAUGGCCACAAGAAGAAUAGUGUGCGGCACAAGCUGGUCUCCUUGACUCUAAAGAAGAAAUCCAAACUGACUGAAGAGGUGACAAAGAGACUCCAUGAUGGUGAGUCCACCCUCCAAGGCAACAGCAUGCUCGAAGACCGACCCACCUCCAACUUGGAGAAGCUGCAUUUCAUUAUUGGUAAUGGCAUCCUCAGACCAGCAUUAAGGGACGAAAUCUAUUGUCAAAUCUGCAAACAGCUCACCCAGAACCCUUCCAAAAGCAGCCAUGCCAGAGGCUGGAUCCUGAUGUCGCUGUGCGUGGGAUGCUUUGCUCCUUCUGAAAAGUUUGUGAAGUAUUUAAGGAACUUCAUCAAUGGAGGUCCUCCUGGUUACGCUCCCUAUUGUGAAGAGAGAUUGAGGAGGACAUUUGCAAAUGGGACUAGGACACAGCCGCCCAGCUGGUUAGAAUUACAGGCGACCAAGUCCAAGAAACCUAUCAUGCUGCCUGUUACGUUUAUGGAUGGGACAACGAAGACGCUGCUAACUGACUCUGCAACGACCGCUAAAGAGCUCUGUAAUUCCUUAGCUGACAAGAUCAGCCUGAAGGACCGAUUUGGGUUUUCGCUUUACAUCGCACUGUUUGACAAGGUCUCAUCCUUGGGGAGCGGCAACGACCACGUGAUGGAUGCUGUGUCUCAGUGUGAACAGUAUGCCAAAGAGCAGGGAGCCCAGGAGCGCAACGCGCCGUGGCGACUCUUCUUCAGGAAGGAGAUCUUCACCCCUUGGCACAAUCCAAGUGAAGACAACGUGGCAACCAACCUCAUUUACCAGCAGAUAGUCCGGGGGGUGAAGUUUGGGGAGUACCGAUGUGACAAGGAAGAAGACUUGGCAGAACUGGCUUCCCAGCAGUACUAUGUAGACUAUGGGGCGGCGAUGGUGCUGGAGCGACUCCUGAACUUAAUCCCCUCCUACAUCCCUGACAGAGAGAUCACUGCUUCGAAAACCGUGGAAAAAUGGGCUCAGCUCAUUAUAGCUGCACAUAAAAAGGGAAUUUAUACCCAGAAGAGAGCAGACCCCAAAAAAGUCAAGGAAGAAGUGGUGGAUUUUGCACGUUUCAAGUGGCCUUUGCUAUUUUCUAGAUUUUAUGAAGCCUUCAAAUUCUCAGGGCCCAGCCUGCCCAAGAACGAUGUGAUUGUAGCUGUGAAUUGGACCGGAGUGUACUUUGUGGAUGAACAAGAACAAGUCCUCUUAGAACUCUCCUUCCCAGAGAUCACAGCUGUCUCAAGCAGUAGAGGGGGAAAGCUCCAAGGACAGAGUUUCACCUUGGCCACCAUUAAAGGGGACGAAUACACCUUCACCUCCAACAAUGCAGAGGACAUCCGGGACCUUGUUGUCACCUUCCUAGAAGGACUAAGGAAAAGAUCAAAGUAUGUUGUCACUCUCCAAGACAACCCAAACCCUGUGGGAGAAGAAUCUGGAUUCCUCAGCUUCCUUAAAGGAGACCUGAUUGUUAUGGACCAGGACACUGGAGAGCAUGUCAUGAACUCGGGCUGGGCCAAUGGGGUCAAUGAAAGGACCAAACAGAGAGGAGAUUUCCCAACAGACUGUGUUUACGUCUUGCCGACUGUCACCAUGCCACCUCUGGAGAUUGUGGCGUUAGUCACGAUGACCCCUGACCAGAGGCAAGAUGUUAUCAGAAUGUCCCAGCUGGCGAUUUCGGACAGUGAAGAAAGAGUGAAGCCGUACACCUUGGAAGAGUUCUCCUAUGAUUAUUUUAGGCCGCCUCCGAAGCACACUCUGAGCCGGGUCAUGAUCACCAAAAAUCGAGGAAAAGACAAACUGUGGUGCUACACCCGAGAGCCCAUCAAGCAGCCCUUGCUGAAGAAGAUCCUGGGCAGUGAGGAGCUGUCCCAGGAAGCCUGCAUGGCGUUCAUUGCUGUGCUGAAGUAUAUGGGUGACUAUCCAUCCAAAAGAACCCGCUCAGUCAAUGAGCUAACAGACCAAAUAUUUGAAGGUGCCUUGAAAGCUGAACCAUUGAAAGAUGAAAUCUAUUGUCAGAUCCUCAAGCAGCUCACUGACAACCACAUCAAGUACAGCGAAGAGAAGGGUUGGGAGCUGCUUUGGUUGUGCAUAGGCCUUUUCCCUCCCAGCAAUGUUCUCCUGCCACAUGUCCAGAGGUUUCUCCAGUCCCGGAAGCAUCACCCCCUAGCCACAGACUGCAUUCAAAGACUGCAGAAAGCACUGAGGAAUGGCUCCAGGAAGUAUCCUCCCCAUCUGGUCGAAGUGGAGGCAAUUCAACACAAAACCACCCAAAUUUUCCACAAAGUUUACUUUCCCGAUGACACUGAUGAGGCAUUUGAAGUGGAGUCCAGCACUAAAGCCAAGGAUUUCUGCCAGAACAUCUCCAGCAGACUGCUGCUGAAGUCAUCGGAGGGCUUCAGCCUCUUUGUCAAAAUCUCUGACAAGGUUAUCAGCGUCCCAGAAGGAGAUUUCUUCUUUGACUUUGUCAGACAUCUUACGGACUGGAUAAAGAAAGCAAGACCUGCAAAAGAUGGUAUAGUGCCUUCUCUCACAUACCAAGUGUUCUUCAUGAAAAAACUGUGGACAAACACCAUACCUGGGAAGGAUUCAAUGGCAGACUCCAUCUUCCACUAUUAUCAGGAAUUACCAAAGUACCUGCGUGGCUACCACAAGUGUACCCGGGAAGAGGUCUUACAGCUGGCAGCUCUGAUCUACAGGGUGAAGUUUGAGGAUGACAAGUCCUACUUCCCCAGUAUCCCCAAGCUCCUGAAGGAGCUGGUGCCUCAGGAGCUUCUCCGGCAGCUCUCUCCGGACGACUGGAAAAGGUCCAUUGUGGCGUAUUUCAAUAAGCAUGCAGGCAAAACAAGAGAAGAAGCCAAGCUUGCCUUCCUAAAGAUUGUCUUCAAGUGGCCUACAUUUGGAUCAGCCUUCUUUGAAGUGAAGCAAACUACCGAGCCAAAUUACCCAGAGAUCCUUUUAAUUGCCAUCAACAAGCACGGAGUCAGCCUCAUCGAUCCCAAAACCAAGGAUAUUCUCACGACUCACCCCUUCACCAAGAUCUCCAACUGGAGCAGCGGCAACACGUACUUUCACAUCACCAUUGGCAACCUGGUGCGGGGAAGCAAACUGCUCUGUGAAACGUCCCUGGGCUACAAGAUGGAUGACCUCUUGACCUCGUACAUCAGUCAGAUGUUAACAGCCAUGAGCAAACAGAGGAGUGCAAAGGGCAGCAGCAAGUGAACUGAAAGAAGCCACUGGCAGGUGGCCAUGGAGCUAAUUCACCAGCUGAGGCCUGUGGGAUACCCCUGCAGCUGGGGCCGAACCUUUUCUGCCCAGAUGUGGAAGAUGAUCCGGACCCCAUCAGAAAGCUCAUCUGACUCUGACCUUGAGGGCUCGAGUCCCAUUUCCCCUUCCAGUGAGGAUGACUAUCUGUGAUGCUGACUUCCAAUUCCCCCCUCCUCCCUAGUAAGCCCUGUUUUAAACUUCUCAGCUUUCUAGGUGACAGACAGUGACUGAUCAACAGAGAAACUCCAGCGGGAUGUUUACUAUCAAACCAAAUGACUGCAGUUUGCAAAGGAUUGUAGGAAAAAGUUGUGAGUGUCAUUUUUAAAAAGGGGAAGAUGGUCAGGGUGCCGUUAAGGGCUUUGGAGAAGUUCUGGGCAUCUGAGAUUUGCAGAUCAGUCACCUAACCCUGCUUCACUGAGAAGAGAAAUCCCAUCCACUCUACUGGGGGUAUCUUGACAUUACAACAGAACAAAAAGAAAUCCAUUUGUUCUAAAAAAAGCCGAGGGAAAAAGUGCAUUUAAAAUAGUGGUUGGUUUGUUUCUUCUUAAUCCUAAUUGAACAGCCUGUACCACAGCAAAGCGAUGAUGGGAGACGGGCGCACAAUGUUGGAGAUAUUUAAAGGUUUCGUUUCUUAUUCUUGUAUUUAUUUAUUUUUUAAAGAGAACGACGGUUUCUGGGAGGCUGGCUCUGGGGAAGGCCCCACACAGCUCCAAAGGCUUCCCCCAACAGAACCGCUCACACACCCAGCGCCCCAUUGUCAAAAGGAUGAGACUGAGUGUUCAGAGGUCACUCGGUUCUAAUUAGGGGUGGCCUAAAGUUCAGCAUUAAAUCCCUACUUGGCAGCAUGGAAACUAGGCUGCUAAAGACAGCUGACCCUGCCCCCUCUGCCCGCAGAAUGCACCUUGCAGGAUCAGGCAUUUAGCUGGAAGCCUGACUGUGGCUUUAGGUCCUGAGAGGUGGACAAUGUUGGCUAGGCCAUUCUGUGCUGUGUGAAACGCUGCAGAAUGGAUUUGUUCCACAGCCACUUUAUAACAAUAGCAGGACAUCCAGAGGGAAAGCAGAGCCCAUGUAUAAGAAAAAUAAACCGUGUCUGCAGACAAACCUCCCAUCGUCCUCUGCACCUCCGCUGCUGUCUGCUAGGCUGUAACAAGUAUGUGUUCUGUGUCACGUUGCUGCUUACUAUUUACCCUCUGCAUUUCCUGGUUUGCUUCAGGUGGGAUGCUCUGAUGGGGAUGGGAAGCUUCCAAAUUCUGGGACCGUCUCCCAUCUCUGCAGUAGACUAACCUAAAACUUUGGCCCCGGCCAGCCCCCUAGGAGCUGAACUUUGUGGCUCGGCCCCACCUCUGAUUUUUAACUUUAGCUCUGACCCAUUGUGGCAAAGGAAGGUUGAAUAAUUAGACCUGGCUAUAAACAUAGGCCUAGUUCCUGAUGCAAAGUUCAUUAAUUGGGGGCUAGCAGGAGAACGCUACUGAAAAGCAGAGAAACUUAGGAGGAUGCCAGCUCCUGUGUUCAGUGCCUCGCCCCUGAGAUCACAGGCUAUGCCCACCUCAGCCUGACAGAUGAUCCCAGCAUUCGCUCUCCGCUGCAUCUCCUAGCAUCACUGCGUUUCAGCUGAGAGUAGACAGUCACUGUGUGUUUUUAGGAGGCCUUACACUGCUGUGAUAUGAACACAGCUAAACCACCCAGGCUCACUGUACUGGGCCCUAGAACAUACAUAGCAGCAAGGGCCACGCCACUGCUCAACAAGGUGGUUUGGACCAAAAUUCUGCCCUGAACUCUGAGUCAAAGAGGGCAUCUCCUGCGUCGGUGACUAGAACAGUUAGUGGCACAACUGAUCUUUUCUGCCUGUAGCUUCCACGGUUCAAUCGAACAGAUCAUUUGUGUGGGAGCCUUUCCAUCAACUUCAGUGGGCUUUGGAUCAUGCCCUUGGUUAGCAACCCAAAGCCGCCACCUGUCAGUCAGCUCCGCCACCAGGCACAGCAUCGACAAGCCUGGGCACGCAGCUCUGAAAGGACAGUAGCCCAGACUUGGGUGUCAUGGCAUCAAACAGGGAGUUGUGUGUAGCCGACUAAAGGGAGGAUGUGGCUGAUGCUGUGAAUGAAAUUUAAGUCGUGUUGUAUGGUUGGUUCCCAGCAACCAGCGCUUGAAAGGCAUGAUCUCAAGGGGCUGUGACAGCAGCUGGGCCUACAAGAAUCAGCUGAGGUUGAGUUUUGAUUCUGGUGUCACUAACACUGGGUGGGUCUCAGCAGAAAUGUGCUUAGUUGGCUCAACACCUUUGAUUUGCCUCAUACGAGCCCAAUCCAGAACAAUCGGUGUUGCAUUCUCACGCUGCUCGUCCCAACACUCAACUGUCUUCCUCUGACCUUUCCCUCUUCCCCACCGCUCUCUGCCUCGCUCAGCACUUGAGAACACGGGUACGACAUUUGCACUGUCUUACUGUCCAUCACUGGACUUCGCACACAGCAGUGCACAAAUUAACUUCUUCAUUAUCUCCUAAACAAGCUGCCCAGGACCAUACGUAAAACAGUGACACUGGGCCCUGUUGUUCCACUGUUCCUGCAUUUGACAUGCAUGAGGGGCUGCACAUAGACAUCUGAAGGCAGAGGAUGCAACUUUGGCCUGGUUCUGAACCACUUUCCGCCUGUGUAAAUAGGGGCGAUUCACUGAUGUCAGUGGCGUUUCCCUGGAGUACGACCAAUAUGGGGGUCAGAACUCAGCCUGCUAGGUCACCCAAAUCAAUCUUUCGUGGCCCUUUUCCGCUACACCCCUAGCAGCAAUGGUUCGUAUUGCACUCUUGUGAGCCCCCUGUUAUUUUGCCCUUCCCGUUGCCUGGCUCUGCAGGCUGCAGUAGGCCCCAGCCAUUCAUUACUCUUGCUCCGUUUGUACUCCGUAAAAGACGAUCACUGGUUUCAACGCUACCACGGUUGUGCCACCUCGACUCAUUCAACACGGUGCGGGUCAUGCAAGCAGCAGCCUGGCGCUCACCCCAAACAUGCAGCUAUUAGCCUGAGCGUGUGUUUCAGUUUCAGAAGUCCCUUUGGGGUUUUUGUGUGUGUGGGUCUGUGUCAUACCUUGUGUGUAUUAGUGGCUGUUUGUUUAUAUUCACACACGCAAUGUAACAUGAAAACUUACGUCUGUGUGAAAUACGCUAAUAAAAAAAAUAAGAAUAGAAGGACUCGUGA